AGACAUUUUAUCGUUGGUUCGAUUUAUUGUCGACAAAUAUCCCUUCUUUUUAUUUUUUGUGAUUUGACAUGCAAAAUUUUUGUAUUCUUUUUUUUGUAUCGAACUGUUUGUAUUUAUUUAGUGCAAUUUUUACAUGGCCUAUCAAUGUUUUAUCAAUUUCAUUUUUUGGUCGAAGUUUAUCAAUUAUUCAUAUGUCACUAUGCUCUAAGAAAUUCUUUAUCAAUUAAUUUCUUUACCUGCCCCCUACCCAGGUAUUUGAGAUUGACCCCCUAACGGAUCAAUUCCAAUUGACUUGUCCCAAAUUGCUCCAUUCUGCUUUUUAUUGCCAAACGAGACAAUUUAUUUCAAUUGUCUCAUUUUGAGGCAAUUCUUUUCAAUUGAUCCAUUGCAUAGAUCCAUCCAAUCCAAACGAUCCCUAGAUUAAUUUAGCAAAUUACUAAACACUUCCUAAAAAAAAUGAGAAUAGUCAAGGUUAGGUCGUGAGUUCGUGAGUUCGAAUCCGAAGUCUAACCCCUGCUUGAAUUGUUAGUAUUUUUCUUUCUCCCACACGCCUUUUGCCCUUUUCUCUAAACCCUUGUUCCUCCUAAUUUCAGAUUUUAUAAACCCUAUUCCUUUCCACAGAUUCCUCCCGCCCCAUCUUCCCUCGCCGCACCGUGAAAGCAAAAUUCCAAGAGAGAGCGCGUCCUUUCUCUCUGUCUGUCGAAUUUCGUCCUCGGCCGCCAGUACUCGCUAUUGCAGUUGCAGCAGCAGGGAGGGGAAUUAACGGCGGCCGUAAUUACUGUGUCCGCAAUUUGCUUGUCAUAGCUGUGGAUUUGGUGCAUGAACUUCAGUUUGCCUGCUUGUAAGGUUAGUGAUCGAGCAACGUUAUUCUGUUAGUAAAUUUUGAGACACUGAGAGUUGAAUGAAGAUAGAAUCAUUUUGUAUAAAUAUGAUAUCCUCUGUUUCCCUUGUGUAAUAAUUUCUUCGUUGGUCUGUUGUUUUCUCUGAGAAAAAAGAAAAUCUUGUUGUGUCUGGUAAUACAGCUUAUUUCCUUGUUUCUGGAAUCCUGAAUUUUAUAAUCCUCAAUCCAGUCAAUUCCGAUCAGAGCUCAAAGCACAUGAAGCUACUGCGAAUUUAACAGUGAAGCAGUUGCUACUUUGAGUUUUGUUUUACUUGUGACUUGUCAUUCUGCAUCUUCUUCAGAGCUGAGCUGAAUUAGUAGCAAUGUAUUUGACUCGGUCUUUUGACUCGUUUCUUGAUUCUAUUCGACAGUGUUAGUUUGACAUAAAACUAGUGGGUGAAAUGGAGACUGGAUAAUUGGAUUCCCAUGGAAAUUCUAAAGCAUCUUUUAGUAGUAUACAGACACCCAAUCGCUGUGGAGAUACACUGAAGUUGCUUGAAAUAAUAAAGUUUCCUGCUUGUUGUUAAUUGUUAUUGCCCACCUAUGUCUUACUUUCCUUCUGAACUGACCUGUAUUUCUGUCCUGAUAGCUUGUUCUUAACGUAUCUGCUUCAGCACUGUGCAGUCUUCCAAGGCUACUGAAUAGCGGGCUUGUCAGUUGGAGUUGGAGAAAGGAACACAUUGCAGAGUCCGACAUGGAAAUCGAUUUAGGAGAAAUGCCGUUUAAUAUGGCCUUCCAUCCCUCCGAUCACUUGGUCGCUGCUGCCCUAAUCACUGGAGACCUUCACCUAUAUCGUUAUGGUGCUGACUCCACUUCACAGAAGUUGCUUGAAGUGAAGGCGCACACUGAAUCUUGUAGAGCUGUUCGAUUCAUCAAUGGUGGACAGGCAAUCAUUACUGGGUCUAAGGACCGAUCUAUCUUGGCGACAGAUAUAGAAACUGGAACUGCAAUUGCUCGUCUAGAAGAUGCUCAUGAGGAUGCCAUCUAUAGUUUGAUCAACGUCACAGAAUCAACUAUUGCAACUGGAGAUGACCAAGGCUGCAUGAAGGUAUGGGACACUCGGCAACGCACUUGCUGCAACUCUUUUACUGCUCACGAGGACUAUGUUUCAGAUAUGACUUAUGUACCUGAUUCAGGGAAACUGCUGGGAACAAGCGGAGACGGGACUCUUUCUGUUUGCAACCUUAGAAGUAACAAGGUCCAAACCCGCUCUGAAUUCUCAGAAGAAGAGCUGUUAUCUGUGGUUAUCAUGAAGAAUGGUCGGAAGGUUAUUUGUGGUUCACAAGAUGGGACGCUAUUAUUAUAUUCAUGGGGUUUCUUCAAGGAUUGCAGUGAUCGCUUUGUUGGUCUAGCUCCAAAUUCCAUUGAUUGUUUAUUGAAGCUGGAUGAAGAUAGAGUCAUUGCUGGAUGCGAGAAUGGGCUUAUCAGUGUGGUUGGUAUAUUGCCCAAUAGAGUCAUCCAGCCACUUGCUGAGCACUCGGAGUACCCUAUUGAGCGACUUGGGUUUUCUCACGACAGAAAGUUCCUUGGCAGUAUUUCGCACGAUCAUAUGCUGAAGUUCUGGGAUAUGGACGAGUUAUUGCAAAGUGAUGACGCUGCUAAUAAUACUCGAGAGGAUCAAUGUGAUGCGUCCGAAGAUGAUGAUGGUGAGGGGAUGGAUGUGGAUAUGAAUCCUCCGAAGUCCAAGAAAGGGACCAAGAGGAAAAAUGUGCAAAAUGGUAGUAGCAGUGGCAAUACAAGUGCCGCCUUCUUCUCCGACAUGUAGAACCUUAACGAACAUAGUCUGUAUCUCUGUUAGUGAGUUGUGGAGAACUUAGGGGACCAAAGUUUUUCUUAUGGAAAUAUGACUCAUUUUCCUAGCAUUGGUUUAAGAUUUAUAUGGAUUGCUGUGUGAUGUAAAAAUCUGCCUUUUAUUUUCCUUUUUGCCCUACAAUCGGUUCUAUUUUACUUCAAAGUUAACGGAAUAUACUUGAUGACUUCAUUCCAUUGGCAAUCGAUGAAAGAUUGAACAUGGUUGUAAUAGGCAAAUUACCACAAUGAUGCUAGGCACUUGAACGGACAUCAGUCAUUAUCAAAGUGGUGAGCGAAGUGUGAUAGCAAUUUCGUCGGUCAAUUUCGAUCUAUGAAAUGAAUAUUUUUCUCAUCA